CGUCCGCUAACACUUCGAUUUGUUUUGGUUCAUGUAGACUGCGCUUUGUCACGGGGGAGCCGAGAUUCACCGCUGCACUUUAACCUGGUUGUUACACGUCUGUGACCUGCUACCGAGCUCUGGGGGGAAAAAAAACUCCUCCUCCGGGGUUUGCAUUUCGCCGCCCCCCUCUUUCAGCACCGCCGCCUACCUCGUAGCUCUCUUAUCGGACCCCCAGAAGCUGGCCUGCUAGUUAGCAAACAAGCUAACGAUUGCCAGAUUUCACCCAUGUCCUCUGAAGAAGGGUUCAGCUCAGCGAUAACAGAUUGGCUUUUUAUCAAUUCCUGGUGGCUCCUUCUUCCGUUCAUCAUGCUGCUUGUUGUCGCUGCCUUCAUCGUUGCUUUUGUGUUGCUGUUAUAUAUGAUAUCGCCCCUCAUUAGUCCCAAGCCUCUGAAAUUGAACGGGGCCCACGUCGUGGUGACAGGAGGCUCCAGUGGGAUUGGGAAAUGCAUUGCUAUUGAGUGCUACAAGCAAGGAGCGUUCAUCACUUUGGUGGCGCGAGACGAGGAGAAGUUGCUUCAGGCAAAGAAGGAAGUGGAGAAAUUUGCCAUCAAUGACAAGCAGGUGGUGCUCUGCAUCUCAGUUGAUGUUUCCAGUGAUUACAGUCAAGUGGAAAACGUGAUAAAACAGGCUCAAGAAAAGCUCGGUCCCGUUGAUAUGCUUGUGAACUGCGCUGGAACUUCAGUUUCUGGAAAGUUUGAGGAAGUGGAGGUAGAUCGUUUUAAAAAAUUGAUGGAAGUGAACUACCUGGGCAGCGUUUACCCAACACGAGCCGUCAUAACCACCAUGAAGGAGCGAAGAAUGGGCCGCAUCAUGUUCGUUUCCUCCCAGGCGGGCCAGAUUGGUCUGUUUGGUUACACUGCCUACUCCCCAUCUAAGUUUGCCCUGCGAGGCCUUGCAGAGUCGCUGCAGAUGGAGAUAAAGCCCUACAAUAUCUACGUGACUGUGGCAUACCCCCCUGACACUGACACUCCAGGACUGGCUGAAGAGAACAAGACAAAGCCUCUGGAGACCAAGUUAAUCUCUGAAACCUCUGGAGUUUGUCAACCAGACCAAGUGGCCAAAAUCGUUGUCAGGGAUGCAGUGCAGGGGAACUUCAACAGCUCUGUCGGUCCAGAUGGUUACAUGCUAUCAGCGCUCACCUGUGGAAUGUCACCCGUCACCUCCAUCACAGAGGGUCUCCAGCAGAUCGUCACCAUGGGAUUGUUUCGGACCAUCGCACUUUUUUACCUGGGGAGCUUUGACAGCAUCGUGCGCCGCUGCAUGAUUCAAAGGGAGCAGUCAAAAGCGGCCAAUAAGAGGGAGUAACUGCAGCCUUACCUUCACCUCACCCCGAUGCCCCCAACCCUCUACCCACUGCCCUCCCAGCUAGUCCCUUCCUCCAGCUGUACAAGUGCACAACCGUAGGUGGGGGUGGGGUUAAAAAACAAAAGGCCAUGUCAGCAUUUCUGAUGUCAACUUUAGCAGAUGGAAUGGAAGAAAGUGGCAGAUGUUUACGUGUCUACUCCACAGACUUGAUAGCCAUUUAGAUGUAUUUUUUCCCCUGGUGACUUCAGUUUAAUGUGUCCACCUGCUUCUUUUUGUGGAAGCAGUCUUACUUUAGAGGAAAGAGGGGUGACUAAAAAUCUCACAUCCUGGUUUCCAGUAUCUAGGCCUCCCUUCUUCAGUUUUUUUUUUUUUUUUUUUUUUUUUGUUCCCACAGAGAAGAAAAGCAACAGCCCGUCUAACCGGUUGUGCCAAAUAUGGCCUGAAUUUUUUAUUUUUUUCCCCACCAGAGGCUAUAGCGAAAACAGAAUAGUUGUUACUCUCUUUUUCGUCAUAUUGUGCCGCAUGUAUCAGAGAUUCCAUCUUUUAGAGAGUUUUUACAGUUUUCACUAUAUAAGCCCUUUCUUUCCCACCUUUUACAUUCUUCAGGUCUUUGCAGGCAAAGAUCCCUCCCUUUUUUUUCUAUUUCUCUCUCUCUUUUUUGACUGAAUAACCUUUGUGUUUAAACGCGGUCGUGACCCACAGUGUUUUGUUUAUGCUGCGGGAUAUUUUUGUUUGUGUUUGUGCGUGAACUGAGGUCAUACAUUAUACGACAGUACUCUUCCGUGAUAUCAAAGGGCAGGAGAGAGCUUAUGUUUGUCUUUAAUUUUUUUAAAUCUAUAAUUCAUAAAAUAAUCUCCACAUAUUAUUAUCAUUAUUAUUAAUAAUAGUGAUAAUAUUCCAAAACUUUACAUGCAGCGUUGUCGCUGAAAACCGUGUGAUGUGCAAGUGUGUUUGCUGUGACUGAGCCGACCACCUCCGGAAAGAGUAAAGCCAUUCGAAGUUUUUGUCUCGGGAAUAAAGACAGCAAAAACGUUUUCCUCGUCAUUCCAGCUAAGUGAAGAAAGUAAAGCAGGUACUAUGGGUUGAAGCCAUGAAGUCGUAAGAUUAGGGUGGGAGGGGAUACACAAACAAAUAAACCAGCACAUAAUUUUAAGUUUCACUCGUGCACUUGUCAGUUUAAUUUAAAAAAAACAAACAAAAAAAAACACUAAUAAGUUGCUAAAGGAAGCAUGAAGCGUAUCAUUUUUUACUUGCAGUUUUGUGUGUCAGUGCACAUUCUCAGCCACCCCCAGUGAAGAUGCAUAAUCUGUCAGGUUGGUGUAACUCAGAGAUGGGCGGGACUCGCUGGUUCGAGUCAUGUCUCUGUACGUCUAGUGAGGGCGCUGGUGAGUCAUCUUAUAUAAUGGCCAAACUUUUGGAGGAACAAGAGUGGAAGUGUUAGCCCUCAUCUCUAUGAUGCUCUUUUUUUGUUGUUGUUGUUGUUGUUUUUUGUUUUUUACAUGCACUGACGCUGUCGUGCACUGCUGGGACUUCAAAACUCUAGAUUACAAAAUAUAGAUUCCCUUCUGAUUUCUGUCAAGUCUUAGUUACCAUCUGACUUUCUUAUUGUUUUGAAUGCAAAAGGAAGAAGAAAAUACAAUGUUGACUCUCGCAAGUCUUCCUUUGGUCCAGUCGGAGAGAAUGUACUUUAUAACAAAGCGAUACAAAUCAGAACAUAGGAACAUUAUUUUUUAAAUACACCAAUAUUUGAAUGCCAAAAUGUGUUAAGACAAUUUCUUGAGAUCGCAGCACAUUUAUUUGUGGUUUAUUUUGAUGUCGCUGCUCUUUUGAUCUUAGUGUUAGUUUAUAAAAGCUGGAGAGCAGCAUGUGGCCCAUUCUACAGCCUUAAGACGUGACUACUGAUGAAGCGAACGCUAUGAGAGUGGACCCGUCCGCAGAACGUGUGACUUCAUACGUUAGUGGAUGAUUGGUUUACUGGGUGAUUUUUUUAUUUUAUUUUUUUUGUGACUUAUUUGGUGUGAAAUGCCAACUGUUUGGGGGGUUUUGUGUGUUUGCGUGUGUAUGUGUGUGUUUGGUCAAUUUCUAGUGUUUCUAUGACAAAAGAAGCCUUACUGAAAUCCAAGACAUGAAAGUGAGAAUGGAUGACUCAUGUUUGAUGAUGUUCUCAUUUGAUAUUGGUUAAAGGCGUACUGUCCCGCACUUGAGAGCUUUCCAUAAAUGUACAUUUAUUGCUUUAAGAAGGUUUUUCUUUUUUCUUUUUUUUUUUUACCUUGAGGUAGCAACACAUUGAUGGAUAGAACAUGUAGCUCACGUAAAAGCAGUUUUGUUUUCACUAACACAACUUUAAGCUAUGCAAAUGAAGCCUCUGCUAACAAUAUGUUUAAACAUACAGUAAAGAUUUAAGUUCUGUAAGAGUCACGCUAGUUUCCCUCGUUUAAUGGUGUCAUUGUCAGAUGCUCAAUGGAUUUAAAAGUCUUGAACAUGAAAGUCAUACUGCACUCUUUGGUUUCACGCUUUUUUUCUGUUUUCUUUGCUUUAUACUCUUUCUGCCAAAAAAGCUUAACACCUUCACCUUGUGUGCCAUUGAAAGAAAAUGUGAGGAGUGGAACAUUUCUUUGUCUUAUUUUCUUACAUGAUAAACUAAAUAAAUACCUGUGAAGAAAACCUAAA